AGUGUGCUAUUCCCGGCCUGUUAUGCGUUGAUUGCUAAGUGGACGCCCGAACACGAGCGCAGUGCGAUCCUAUCCCUGCCCCUCAUCGGUGGUAAUAUUGGCACUAUUGUCACGUCAGCCCUAACCGGGUAUUUAACUGAGGAGGGCUUUGCAGGGGGCUGGCCCUCAGUCUUUUAUGUGUCAGCUGAGCAGGGUGUAUUUUUAUACGGACUUCGCGGUGGUGGGGACGUGCCCGUUGACGCCGAUAUGACAUCCAACUACAUGGGAACGGUAUUUGCGAUCGCUAACUCCAUAGCCUUUACAUGCGGUAUAAUAACCCCAUUGGUGAUUGGGGUAAUAGUGGGCGAUACCAAUGAACACACCCGUAGGCAAUGGGGUUAUGUUUUCUAUAUGUCGGCCGCACUUAACAUAUUCGGUGGACUCGUAUUCAUUAUUUUCGGGUCAGCUAAACAACAACCAUGGGAUAUACAACCUGAUAAUGACCGGCACCUGGAACUAACUUAUGUUCAUCGUUACCCAGCACAGUGCAGACAGAUUAAUAUGCUCUGUGACAUUAAAUAG